GGAGGAGUCGCCGCCACCAUGCGCCAGGCCCUGACUCAGCCGCGCUCCAGCGCCAUCCCCCUCUCCGACUCCAUGGGGUCUUUCAAUAGAAGAAAAAGGAAUUCCCUCUACGUAACGGUGACUCUUCUCAUUGUGUCUGUAUUAAUUCUUACGGUUGGUCUUGCUGCUACAACAAGAACCCAAAAUGUGACUGUUGGAGGUUAUUACUCGGGGGUUAUUCUUGGUUUGGGGUCAUUUCUUGGAAUUAUUGGAUCGAAUUUGAUAGAAAAUAAAAAGCAAAUGCUGGUGGCGUCAAUAGUGUUCAUCAGCUUUGGAGUCCUGGCUGCCUUCUGCUGCGCUAUCGUUGAUGGCGUCUUUGCUGCCAGACACAUCGAUCUUAGGCCACUGUACGCAGGACGCUGUCACUACUUUUCAAAAAGCACAGCCCCACCAGAGGUGAGUGAUUGCAUCUGCCCUCUCCAGCAGCGUGGCCCCUGCACGCCGAAGAUCAGAACCAACACCUGUUUCUGCUGUGACCUGUAUAAUUGUGGAAACAGAGUGGAGAUUUCCGGCGGCUACUAUGAAUACAUCGAUGUCAGCAGCUGUCAAGACAUCAUCCAUCUUUACCAUUUGCUCUGGUCAGCAACCAUAUUGAACAUUGUUGGCUUAUUUUUAGGGAUCAUCACGGCUGCAAUCCUUGCUGGCUUUAAAGACAUGACUCCCUCACUUCCUGCUCUUAACUGUACAGUUGAAAAUGCUCGGCCCACAGUAUCCUAUUACUCAAGACCCCAGGUGACUUCAUACAAUACAUAUUAUCACAGCACUCCUCAUCUGCCACCAUACUCAGCAUAUGACUUCCAGCAUUCCAACAUAUUCCCAGCUUCCACACCGUCUGGCCUCUCAGAUGACCCACCAUCGUUAUCGCCAUCACCAAGCUAUGUGUGGUCCCCCAUGGCACCUCCUCGCUACUCCCCACCGUAUUUCCCUCCCUUUGAAAAGCCGCCACCUUACACGCCAUGAAGGGAAUAGGAACGUUGCCACUAGAACUCAUGAAUUCUUUGUACUAGGGGAGGAGAGAGAGCAGACCAUUGCCUACAUAGAAAUACAAAACUGGGGGACUUUAUGGCACUUUCUCUGGGUAGACUGUGCCUUGGAGAGACAUUGAUGUGAUUUAACAGCAGCAAAAACUGGAGAUCCUGCAUCAGGCACCUGCUUUUAUUUAUUUAUUUUAACAGUGUGGAUAAUGGCUGCUAGUGACUCUUUAAGAAAUAUGCUGUCUGGGGGUCUUGCUUGGAGAAUAUGAUUUGGUUGACAAUAGAAUGUGUUUAUCAAGGACCUACAGUUGCCUUAGGUCACCUGGCAUUUUCGGAAGGUGCUUAUUGUGUUUCUGAUUUCCUUUGUCCUCUUUGCCAAAAGGCGUACAAAACCUCUGGAUGGAACACCUGCCAGUUUAUGUAGAAGUUAAUUGGGCACCUUGGUUAAAGGAAGAGCCAAAGAAUGCCAGAUGGUAUAAAACUAGUGCUCUAAGCUGUUGUGAAAGAUAUUCUGCAAUAUACGUGGCCUUAAUUCUGCAUGCUGAAAAUGGGCUUAGAAGGGCAACUAAUGAAGGCUGGGGCUGUUUUCAAGAGACAUCUGCUUGGUUUUCUGUGAUCAAAUGCAUAAUUUUGUUAUUGUGCCAUUAUAGUGCUGUACACUGUGCCAACAGUAUUAUACUAUACUGACAUCUAGGCUUCAUCCACAUAUAGUUGGCCUUUGCACCACGGUUGCUGUACUGCAGACAUCCACAGCUGUGUUUUCCUGUGUAGAUAAUGCAAUCCAGUUGUAAAUGGCUGUUCUACUGCCAUACCCAACUGAGUGUGGCUACUGCCAUAGUGAUGUGUUACGAGCAUAACUGCAUAGUGGGAAAACAAAGUCUUCUUUAGCCAUGCCACACGUUAAGCAACCAUUUUCCUACAUAGGUUUUUCAGUAUAGCAAAAGAUAAAAGGUGUUAACCCAAAAGCUUUCUAUACUCUUCAAUAAUAUCAGAGAAGUCAGACUCUGAAGUGGAAGCUGACAUAAUGUUCAUUAAGUUGUUCCUAGAUCUGCAUGCAACAGCUGUCCACUUUGUCUUAAACAAAUGCCACUUAAGCAUUGCGAGUCUCUCAGGCAGCAGGGUACUAAAACGGACUUCCAUUGUCUUCAGGAGUGUGCAGCUUGACCUUCGCACAAGCAUGCAUUCCUCAGAAGGUGAUCACCUUUAUACUAUAUGCCAUUGAGUCCUCUGCUAGUAUAGUUUCUUGGUGGUUGAAGUGUUGUUAUUCCCACUUAAUGUGGUCACCAACCUUGGUCACCCCUACGUCCAAUGAACACUGCAAUGUUUAAAGGGGACAUGUGCUGAAGAGCCAUGAUCAGCUAUGGCUCAUAGGCAGAAGAUGCCCACGGGAGCAAUCCAAACAGGUCUACUUAGAAGUAAGGGGGGGUAUUCUCAGGAAAGAGUUCUUAGGAUUGCAGCCCACGCCUUUUCUUCAGUCACUAGAAGUAGCCCACUGGGAAAAGAGAACUGAACACAUUGCAAAUUUGGCUACUGCCUUGCGAGAAGCAGGAGCAGCCCCUCAUGUGUCCAUGGUGGAUGCGAUGGGCCAGUUAGACUUUAAGGACAACUUAGGAACAAGUGACCUAAAGCAAGAGUUUCUUGUUAAGGAUGCUGGCUCUUGCUUACUUGAUUACAAUUAUUUAACUCAUGGUCUUUAUUGAUCGUGCACAGGCAAUUUUGAGUUCCAUGCGUGUCAGAAAAUUGGAGUGCUUUGUUAUAAGGCCUUGCUUAUGCCUUAGAUGGAGCCUUGUAUGAAAGAAGAGAAUUUCUUUGAAAAGAAACAUUGCCAUGGAGCUGGAAAGUUACAUUUUUUUUUUACAACCAGCAUUACAAACUGGGUAACACUGAAUGUGGGGAUGGACGUAGGCCCAAAUCCCCAGAGAACUAUAAAGCUUACUGGCAGCCUGUGGACAAGCUAAUAUCUUGAGGUCUAACCUACUUCAUAGGGUUUGAGAAGACUGAAGAAACAUCACUGCAUCUUUCCUUGAGCCCUCCCUGGGGUGGGAGGGAGGAAAAAUAAAAGAACCUAAGGGAAACUUGACCCAUGCAAUACCAUUGCACUUUAACCUACUGUAUUUAAUCCUGUUCUUAUGCAAAAUGUUUAUGUAUCCAAAAGGAAGUUUAGGUUCUCUCGUUGAAUGGUGUCAAAAACUAUACUUUCACAACAGUUUCUCUUUGCCACCCCUUAAACAUGGCUUAAAACAUAGGCUUUGAGUUUAACUGAGGUUUGAAGUAAAUACCAUGCUGACAAGGCAAAGAGAUUUCCUGUGUGAUUUUGCACAAGCUCAGAGAGUCUCAUUUGAACCAUGCAGCAACCUGUGGAAGGCAAAUGUGCAUGUUUAGAUUGAAUGCCAGAAAUCUGUAGCCUUUGCGACUAUUUAUUUUAUUUAUUAUUUCAAUUUAUAAACCGCCCAUCCUCAGGGGCUCUGGGGCGGUGAACAUCAGUUAAAAUCAAUAAAAACAAAAAACAAUUCUAAAAUCAACAUACAAUAAACAAUAAUAAAUUAACCAAAUACAUUAAGGUGCAAUGGUGGGGAGAACCCCCACCCCACCCCAAAGGUGGGAGGCCGGCAUGGCACUGCCCCCUUCAGAUACCGAUUGCCUGGCGGAACAGCUGUCUUACAGGCCCAGCAGAACGAUAAUAUGCCCCACUGGGCCCGGGGCCCCAUUGACAGAGCGUUCCACCAGGCUGGGGCCAGGACUGAAAAGGCCCUGGCCCUGGUUGAAGCAAGGUGGGCUUCCUUAGAGCUGGGGACCACCAGUAAACAUUUAUCCACUGAUCGAAGCGGUCUCCGGGGAACAUACAGGGAGAGGCGAUCCUGAAGAUAUGCCGAUCCCAACCCGCUCAGGCCUUCAAAGGUAAGAAACAACACCUUGAACCUGAUUCGGAAUUCAACCGGAAGCCAGUGCAGCUGGCGCAGGACAGGUGUGAUAUGUGACUGGUAGUAUAUACCAGUCAGGACCCGUGCUGCCGCAUUCUGGACCAGCUGUAGUAUCCGGAUCAGGCCCAGGGGUAGCCCAGCAUAGAGUGAGUUACAGUAAUCUAGCCUGGAGGUGACCAUUGCAUGGAUCACUGUAGCCAGGUCCUGGGGCGUCAGAUAGGGAGCAAGUUGCCUGAUCUGACGAAGAUGGAAAAAUGCAGACUUGGCAACCGCCGUGACCUGGGCCUCCAUCAACAAGGAGGUAUGCAGGAGCACACGCAGACUCUUCACUGCCAAAGUUGCCAGUGGUGUCCCAUCCAGGGCAGGGAGCUGGAUCCCAACAUCUGGCAGCCCUCAUCCCAGCUGCAUGCUCUAAGUACAUGUAACUGCUGUGCAUGCAUUUCAGCAGUUAAAAAAUGAAAUUCUCUGCCUGUGCAGACACGUGGGUGAACUCUCUUGCUUUUGGCAGUGUCACAUUGAAAUCAGAUAGCCAGGUAGUAAAGAGAAGGGGGCCACAGUUCAGAGGUAAGCACUCAUAAGCCUAUUUACAUCAGUUGGCUUAAGGGUCCUUAAUUUGACAUUGGGUUGUGGUUAGAGGCUUCUGGAGCAGUUGAUGCAAAAGAAGGGGAGUCGAGUUGUGCAAAAAGUUUAUGGAAUAGAUACUUACCAUGCUACUCUCAGACCCAUUUGCUUCUGGGACUUGUAGAUUGUGCUGUAAGGAUCUCCAACCCGAGUAAAGAGAAGGCCUGGCUUGUGUAGCCUUUGGCAUGAGCACUGCGACUUCUGGGUACAAUCCAGCCAAGUUAAGGAUGCUUGUAUAACACUGUACCCGUACCAAAUAUUGUAUUUGUCUUCAACAAGACAGAAAUGCUCUUCUACAGCAGCAACAGUCCAGUUUGUGAAACUUACAAAGGAAGAAGUGAACGGCUUGUCAAGAAAAGCUGCACCGAGGAACCACACAAGCCUGGAUUUUCUCCCCAAAACUGUGCCAUAUAGACUACCGCCCUGAAAUUACUCCAAAUGUGCUUCAGUCAAGAAUGUCAUUUGAAUGCAGCAAACAUUUUUAAAGCCUUUGUUCUUAUCUUCAUUUAAUUCUAUGAAAUGGGCAAAACUCACCACAACAGUCUGCAGCUUGGCUUUGUGCUAUUCUUAUUCACAUCAGUGGAUCACUUACAUCCUUCCCCAUGAAUGUCUCUGCUUCUGAAAACAAGCACGGGAAACUACCUUAUAGCGAAUGGGACUCAGUGUCAUCUCCUCUGACUGGAAGUAGCUCUCCAAGGUUUCAGGAAGAGACGAGUCCUCCCUGAUUUAUCCUAUCCAAGAUCCUUUCAACUGGAGAUGCCAGGGAUUGAACAUAGGACUUUCUGCAUGCAGGACAUCUGCUCUAUUGCUGAGCUAUAGCCUUUCCUGUGCUUUCUCCCCUUCCUAUUCUGCUAAAAUUUGAAGUGUUAACAUCUUGUGUGUUUAGGAAUCAGCACAGCAGUUUAUAGGAAUGUACAGGAAGACUGUGCAUUCCUGAGAUAUGCAGCCUACUUGGGAAAUGUCAUUAAUGUUGAGUUUUAAUGACAGUGCACACUUGCAACACCUUUGUUGUUCUUAAAGGGACAGGACAGGGGGCGCAGAAACUCCUGGGAUUUUUUUCAGCUUUCAGUGGAAAUGUAUGCUUCUAAAUGUAAAUACAGGAGUUCUGUCCACCAUCUCCAUCUUUCAAUCCAUUUCUUGUGACAAUUUAAUGAGUACGUGAGUCAUGUUUCCUUGGACUAUUUAUAAAAUGAAAAUAA